GCGCCGACGAAGCAAAGCCAGGCAGCGGUGUCGCAGGUCCAGUGGCUCAGCAGCGGAUUUAGCUCUGCUUCGAUCGCAUCACGGGAGCAUGACGCCCAAGCCUGCCCCGAAAUCGACUGGGAAAGGUACCAAGACUGGCAGUGGGGAUACUCCAAAGGAUUAUGGCAUUCAGACCAGCCUGCGACUGGCGAAGUGACGGCGGAACAACAAGCUCAACGCCGGGCCAAUCUGAUCCGGACCCUGUCGCGACGAAUUACAGGCAAUGUCAAAGCCAAAACGGAGCUCAAGGAUGCCUUGAACCAAUGGUUUAUUCAGUUGUCCCAACAUUUACAGGGACUCACUGCUCGGGUAUCCGCCAUCGGGCAAAAGAUCGACGAGGACCUGCAAAGUGCCUGCGACGACAUGCUUGCGGGCUUGGAGGCUCGCAGCUCCUUGUCAACGGCCGAUCAGGUUUCGCAUGUGCGGUCUUCCUUGGGACCAGUAUGGCAACCGCCCCAGGAGACGGCUAUCCUGGAGCUUGCGGCAGACAGCUUGGACCGUUCAUACCUGGACAUGCGGGCCCUCUAUGUGGCGACGGCGGCACGGGAUCGGAGUUGCGGAGACACCGCGACCUACCCGCUGGAAGCGACGGAGUGGCGGACAUACGCAUCGUCCGUCGAAAAGCCCACGCAGAGAACAGCAGCACCUUGGCCCUCUAUGUCCACGGGCUUCACUCCCGAGAACAUACGGCCUGUGGCGAGCACCGAGAUGACCACGGACAGUCCCAUCACCCCAGCGGGGGACAGGCAACCGAGCCUAGAUUGGCCGGCGGCGUGGGCCAAGCUUGCGGAGUUUGCUGCGGAAAAUGGUGCCGACAUCAUUGGGGAACUGUGCGUCUCACCCGAACAGGACGCGGCUAUCCCUCUUGUGCACAAUGUCGAUGUGGAAGAGGACACAGUUUCCACUUCCAACGAGGCAUGGGCAGCAGUGCUUGCAUUUGUCGGGACGCCAGAUCCGGCGAUGGUGCCGGCUAUGUGUGGCAGAAUGCAGGAUGUUCUCAACCGCCUCAGGCUUUGCCCCACUGCGCUUCCGCGAGUUCGUCAGGGCUUGGUUCUCCUAGCUCAGGCGACAUUGGGCAACGUCCUCGACCCGUUCAGCUUCGCACCGGCCACAUGCCAGGAAUGGCUUUACCCAGCAGCCUUGCUGGAACAUGGGACCCCUUUACGCGGGUACUUGGCCUCUUCUGCUUCGUCGUCAUCUGUGGUGCAGGUUUUGCUCUCGCAGGGAUGCCCGAUGGCCCAGAUUGGAGAAGACGACGCAGACAUCAGCGAGCUCCUUUGA